CCCUUCAUUCCAUAAAAGAGAACACCCCCAAACCCACAUACUUUGCGGAAGCAUGAAAGAAGCCCUGGCCUCAAACCCCAACACAAAAAGCAACAUAUGCAGAAUGUUAAUCCGAGAACAAACUUCAGUUUAUGAGUUCAAAUCUGGAAGAAAAAAGAAUUUUAUUCAAAACCUUUGGUGCACCUGCAAGGACCUGGCGAGGAAACUCUCGCGAGAACUAGCGAGAUUUGGUGCCCUCCAGGACAAAGGCUGACGGACAGCUGCAUGGCCAAUCACGGAGAAGUGGAAGUAGGAGUGGUGUAGGUUAAAGGUCGGGCGGAAGUUCGCUAAGCUUCCGGCCGCCGGCUUGGCAAAGAGUUAUGGCUAAACAUCAUCCAGAUUUGAUUUUCUGCCGCAAGCAGGCAGGUGUGGCUAUCGGAAGACUGUGUGAAAAAUGUGAUGGCAAGUGUGUGAUCUGUGACUCCUAUGUGCGUCCCUGCACCCUGGUUCGCAUUUGUGAUGAGUGUAACUAUGGAUCUUACCAGGGCCGCUGUGUGAUCUGUGGAGGUCCCGGAGUCUCUGAUGCCUACUACUGUAAGGAGUGCACCAUUCAGGAGAAGGAUAGAGACGGUUGCCCAAAGAUUGUCAAUUUGGGGAGCUCUAAGACAGACCUGUUCUAUGAACGCAAAAAAUACGGCUUCAAGAAGAGGUGAUGGGUGGGUGGCUCCUUCCUCCCCCAUCAAGCUGCUGCCGCUGCCAGAAAAGACGCCUACUACCACCAGCAGAAAGGGAACAGAGGAGCUGAGUGUCACCAGAGCAGCCUGCUAGUUCUAGUAUCCUGGCCCCCUGCCACUCCUUUCCCUCCCCGUGUCCCCAGGUGGAAUCGAGUGCCAUAGAGCACUCUAGCAGACUGGAGGAGACGUCGUCGCCCGCUUAGUCCCCAGUUUCUUUUUUGUUUUUAGUUGGAAAAGCAAGGCUCUGCUCUCCACAUUGAUCCUUUCUACUCAAAAGCUUCAAAACAAGUCUGUGUGCAGCCUUGAUGAUGAAACUGUCGUGUCAGAAGUGUGGUCUUGCAGCAGCUAUGAUGGGGUUAUCCUGUGACGCUCAGUGUGGCCAGGUGCCAUCAGAACAGUAAUGUGACCUGACACUUACCAGGUGGUGCUGGCUUCAUGUUAUUUUCCUUAUAAAUUUGAAGUUUCUGUUAUUCUAAUAAAGUUGCUGUGUGUUUCCUGGAA